AGUAAACCCCAGUCGUGAAUACUCUUUAAAAGCAAAUUAACAAUAAUAAUAAUUCAAGCAGUCGUGCGAGUAAGGCGUCGUCUCCAUGCUGAUCGGGAGACAGUUCGCUUGUCUUCUGGCCCGCAUUAGGGGCUGGAAAUGGCGCGCGGGGCCGAUGCCCGCCAACGCCGCCGGUUCGAACGGCUCGCGAGGCCAACGGCCGCCCGCGCGCGCGCUGCCGCCGCCGCUGUUGUUGUUGUCCGGCGGCUCCCGCCUCUCCACCGACAUGUCCUCGACGGACUUUAACCCGACUUACCCCACCACUGACUGGAAAGUGGCCAAAAAACACUUGGAGGAAAGUGAUCACACAGAGAGACGGAGUUACUACAAAGCAGCGAGAUUUGUUACCCUUGAUGAAAUUCAAACAUGGAAAGACUUUGCUGCAGGCGAAAAUCUGAAACAGCCAAGAACACAUUACAAGAAGAGUGAUGUUCUGAAUGAAAAGGUUUCACUCUUGCAAGAGGAUAUCACAAAGCUGGAAAUUGAUGCAAUCGUCAAUGCAGCUAAUUCUUCGCUAAUGGGAGGAGGUGGAGUGGACGGCUGUAUUCACGUGGCUGCGGGGCCCCUGUUGAGGAAGGAAUGCAGUACUCUCGCCGGCUGCAGUCCCGGAGAUGCUAAAAUGACCAGUGGCUACUGCCUGCCUGCCAAGUAUGUUAUUCACACGGUGGGACCCAUCGUGCAGGGGAGGGAGAGACUCCCAGACAAGGUGCUACAAAGCUGCUACGAAACAAGCCUGAAGCUCGCUAUCGACAAUAACCUUCGGACCAUCGCUUUCCCCUGUGUGUCCACUGGAAUUUAUGGUUAUCCCAACGGACAAGCUGCAGAGACCGUGUUAAAGACUGUCAGACAUUAUCUGGAGGAACACAUCAACUCAUUUGACCGCAUCGUUUUCUGUGUCUUCUUGAAAGUCGACUACAUGCUGUACAAGGAGAAGCUGCCAUUUUACUUCCCGUUUGGUAAGAGCUCCUUUGCUGCUGUUCCUUCAGAACCUCCCAGCCCAAAGCUCAAGACUGUUGAUAAAGAUGACAAGCAGACAAAGAACUUGCAGAAACCCGUGGGCAACCAAGAUUAGGUGCCGGGGAUCAGAGCUAGGGGAUCAAGAACAGCGCCAGUGAAGGAUGUAACCCUCGUUAAGAGGAGAAAACUGGAACUGAGGACGCACAGAUACACUCCUCGCGGCAUCCAUUUUAAUUCCUCUCUGCCGAUUUCUGAUUUACAACCUGGUGAUUUAUUCUGCAUGAGAAUUUUAUACCAGGAAUAAAUCCUGUGUUAUGGAGAGCACUCACUUCUCAAAUCAAUACCCUGACAGCAGAAAACGUCUAAAGUGGUGAUUACACUGUUUUUUAAUUCUCUACGUUACUCCCCGCUGUCUUUCCAUAUUGUGAAACCACCCAUUUUAGUUUAGUUUAGUUUCGAGAUACAGCCCAGAAACAGGUCCUUCGGCCCACCCAGUCUGCACCGACCAGCGAUCCCCGCACACUACCCUACAAACACACCAGGGAUAAUUUACACUUAUACCAAGUCCGUUAACCUUCAAACCUGCACGUCUUUGGAGCGCAGGAGGAAGCAGAAGACCUCGGGGAAAACCCACGCAGGUCACGGGGAGCUCGUGCAAACUCCGUACAGACAGCGCCCGUCGUCGGGAUCGAACCCAGAUUCCCCCGCGCUGCAAGGCAGCAACUCUACCGCUGCGCCACCGUGCCACCCUCCCCUCUUGGCUAAGACUAAACUUAAUUUGCAAUUAUGAAUUUCCGACCAGUGUGCGCUCCGUAACCGCACGUGCUGCCUCACCGCUCCGGAGACCUGGCUUCCAUCCUGCCUCCUGGCUCAGGUUCAUUAGUGAUAGGAGCAGAAUCAGGCCAUUCGGCCCAUCAAGUCUACUCCGCCAUUCAAUCGCGGCUGAUCUAUCUCUCCCUCCCAACCCCAUUCUCCUGCCUUCUCCCCAUAACCUCUGACACCCGCACUAAUCAAGAAUCUAUCUAUCUCUGAUCUAUCCUUAAAAAUAUCCACUGACUUGUGGCCUCCACAACUCUUGAAAGUAUCCACAGAUUCACCACCCUCUGAUUGAAGAAAUUUCACCUCCUUCCUUCGAUCCUGAGUGGGUUUUCUCCGGGCGCUCCGGUUUCCUCCCACAUUCCAUAGACAUGCAGGUUUGUGGGUUAAUUGGCUUCGGUAAAUAUAGCUAAUUGUCCCCUAGUGGGUAGGAUAGUGUUAGUGUGCAGGGAUCGCUGGUCGGCACAGACUCCAUGGGCCGAAGGGCCUCUUUCCGCGCCGUAUCUAUACACUAGACUCAGUUAAUGGACAGGGAGAUGAAGGAGAGCAAACUUUUCAGAUGUUCACCUUCCUGACACUUAUUCAUCCAUCAGUUGGGAAGAGCUCCUCCAACCCCAUAUCAUUGUCUCGUCUUCAACGCUCAGAUUAAGACAGAAUGCCGGAAAUACUCCGCAGACCAGGCAGCGGCCAUGGAGAGAGAACCAGAGAAACGUUUCGGAUUCAGUUGAAAGGCCAUCGACCUGAAGUAUCAAUCUGAAGAUAGGCACACAAAAAACAGGAGGAGAGAAGGAAUGGGCGACGUUUCGGGUCGAGACCCUUCUUCAGUCUGAAGAAAGGUUCGACUGAAAGAUCACCCAUUCCUUCUCUCCAGAGAUGCUGCCUGAUCCGUCUUCAGUCUGAAGAAAGGUCUCGACCCGAAACGUUACCCAUUCCUUCAAUAUUAAUCCUCUAUCUUUCUCCCUGUAUUUUCUGUUUUUUAUCUCAGAUUUUCAGCAUCAUUCAUCUUUGCUUUUCGAUUAAUACUCAGACCAUUGGUCUCAUUUGAAAGCGAAUUGUUUGACAUAUUUCUCCUUGGUGUGAACGAGCUUGUUCCUUGAUUUUGAUGUUAUUGUAGCUGAUGAUAAAGUGAUUCGUAUAACCU